GGGAGUCAGUGGGGCAGAGGGAGCCCCUGGCUUGGGGCUUUGGUCUUUAGAAUAAAAUAUGAACUCUCCCCAGGCUCUCCUCCUGGGACCCUUCCUGAUCCUCUGGCCUGGUGCCUGACCUCCCUACUUGGGGCAAGGAGAGUUCCCGGCUUGGAAACUCCAGCUCUGUUGCUGAAGGACAAGAGACCCUGUUCCCAGAAGUGUUCGGAAGGAGAUGGCAAGUUCCCCUGGCUCCUGGUUCUCUAGCUGCCUCAUCACUCUGGUCAUCCUGCAGAUGCCUGCGCACCUGUCAGGAGAUGUCAGCAAGUUCCACCUCGCCCCGCUAGGGGCCACAGCCGAGCUGCUCUGCCCUCUGUCUCUCUGGCCGGUGUCGAUGCCCAUGCAGAUAAGGUGGCUGCGGCCCUCCCAAUCGCAACGCUCCCAGACUGUUCACGUGUUCCGGGAUGGAAAGGACAGGGAUGAAGAUCUGAUUCCGGAAUAUAAGGGCAGGACGACGCUGGUGAGAGACAUCCAAGAGGGAAAAGUCACUCUACAGAUCCGCAAUGUGACCCUUGAGGAUCGAGGUCCAUACCAAUGUCAGAUCCAGGUCGGAAACCUGAGUCGAGAGGGGACCGUGACUCUUCAGGUUGCAGUUCUAGGUUCUGAUCCUUACAUCCACAUGAAGGGCUACAAUGCUGGUUGGAUCCAGCUUGUGUGCAGGUCGGUGGGAUGGUUCCCACAGCCUUGGGCCCAAUGGAGGGACCCGGAAGGCAGGAGGCUUCUAUCCCUGUCUGAGGAUCACACCCUGGACGCAACCGGACUCUUCCGAACAGCAGUGUCCAGCAGAAUCAGGGACAACACUCUGGGGAACGUGUCCUGCACCAUCCGCAACAUGGUCCUUGGCCGAGAGAAGACCACAGCCAUGCUUAUAGAAGCCCCAUCCCCGGGAAUGCUCUCCUCCUCAGCAGUGGCUCUGGCUGUGGUCCUGCCUGUCCUGGGGCUCCUCAUCACAGUAGGCAUUUGCCUCAUCUGGAAGCAAAAAAGAUCAAGAGAGAAGCUUCUCUAUGAACAGGUGAUGGAGGUAGAAAAUCUUCUUGCAGACCAUGCAAAAGAAAAAGGAAGACUCCAUAAAGGCCUGAAGAAACUCCGGAUGGAACUGAAGUUGAAAAGAGCUGCAGCCAACUCAGGCUGGAGAAGAGCCCGGCUACAUUUUGUGGCAGUGACCCUGGACCCAGACACAGCACAUCCCAAACUCAUCCUAUCUGAGGAUCGGAGAUGUGUGAAGCUUGGUGACAGAAAGCAGCCUGUGCCUGACAACCCCCAGAGAUUUGAUUUCGUCGUCAGUGUUCUGGGCUUUGAGUACUUCACGGCUGGCUGUCACUAUUGGGAAGUGUAUGUGGGAGACAAGACCAAAUGGAUCCUUGGGGUGUGUAGCGAGUCGGUGAGCAGGAAGGGGAAGGUCACUGCCUCGCCCGCCAAUGGACACUGGCUUUUGCGACAGAGUCGUGGUAAUGAGUACCAAGCUCUCACCUCCCCGCAGACCUCCUUCCGCCUGAAAGAGCCGCCGAGGUGUGUGGGGAUUUUCCUGGACUAUGAAGCGGGAAUCAUCUCCUUCUACAACGUGACUGACAAAUCCCACAUCUUUACUUUCACUCAUAGUUUCUCUGGCCCCCUUCGCCCUUUCUUUGAACCUUGUCUUCAUGAUGGAGGGAAGAACAUAGCGCCUCUAAUCAUCUGUUCAGAACUCCAGAAAUCAGAGGACUCACUUGUCCCCAAGCCAGAAGGAAAGGGCCAUGCUAAUGGAGAUGUGUCCCUGAAGGUGAACCCUUCCUUACUACCUCCUCAGGCCCCAGAGCUUCCCCCAGGGAUGUCCUGGCCCUCUGACCUGGGCCCAGCCCUUCAGGGGCUCAAGGCUCCUUCUUUUUAGAACUGUGCCUUGUGUCCCGCUCCCAUGACAUCCAGCCCGGGGACUCUGGAUAUCAGUCUCUUGGUCCACACCUCAUCCUGCGACAUCUCUUCCCUUUAACUGAAAUCCAGAUCCUUGUGUGAUUUCAAUUUGUACCACUUCUUUUUUAGGGCUCAAUUCUGAACCCUGCCUUUCUUUUAGGGUUCCCAUAACCCUGAAAAGCAAAUGCUCAGUUUAGGUGAUGUUGAACAUGUGUCCUCAAGAUUCAGGGAAAGGGUCUUCUACUCAAGGGGAUAUUUUUGAGUACUUGCUUCUGAUUCAUCCUGCAUUUGGACUUUCAGUGAUGCAAUUAGAUCCUCAGACCCUGACUUCUUACUUAUUCUAUCAAGGAUUGUUUGCCCCUUACCCCACCCCCCACAACACACCUCUGGCCCCAUCCUUCUCUUUCUCACUCUCAGUUUAGACCUCUAGCCCGCAAAGUCAGGUUUUUAAAAAUAAUAAAAUCAUACACCCUUCCUUCUUUCUUCAGGAGCUGGGGUAGGGCAGAGGGGUCACAUAUGCCAUCUUUUUUUAUUUUCUUGAUAAUGUUUAUAACAUAGUUUGGAGACAUUCAGAGCAAAUGUACAUUUUUCAAAAGCCAAUUUACAUAUUGAGGAUAAUCAGGUACAGGAAUUUUAAAUACAGCAGCCAUAAUUCUGAGGAUCCUCAGAAGCACAGUUAGGAAGCACAGCUAUAACAGAGCAACUCAGCUGUGUGUGGCCUUGAACAGACAGAGACAGAGGAAUAGGUCUGUUGUGGCAGAUGAGUCAGAAGAGCCAGUCUGUUGCGUUGGCCAUUUUGAAUACUUUCCUGAGAUUCAGAGAGGCCCCAUGAGAAAAAAGUAACAGUUUUUUUUUUUCCCCCCACAAGACCAUUAUAAUGGAAGACUUGACUAUUUGUGCAGCAAACAGCCUCUUAGGUCAGAGAGUAUUGAUUUCAAAGAAGUUGUUGGUGGAUUCUUAUUCGAAAGAUAAGAAGGUGGAAGGAUAAAAUAAUGAAUCGGAUUUUGGGGAGUGAUAUGGCUUAUUUGUUGAGACACUGGCUAUUGUUUUGCAGAUGGAUAUACAGUGUGACCCAGAAUAAACUAGAUCUUUUUGUCUGUUUAA